AGAGAAAGAGAAGGAGAAGGAAAACACACUUGCAUGUACAUAUGCAGCUCCGCAACAGCUGACUGACUGCACACACACCGGAGCAACGUCAGACAGACAUGGGAGAGAAGUGAAGGAGGGCAGAACAAGCCAAAGAACGGAAGAAAGAAGCCUUGGAGUGACAGCCAGCUGCGACCAUGGCAGACCCUCCAACAGGCCCUCCUGAGGAUAUCAACAAAAUCAGCUUCUGGAUGCCAGGAAAUUACAUGCGGACAGUACAGAGGACACCAGAGUCGUACCAGGCUUGUAAAGACAUCAUGGCAUGCAUGAAGGACCGGGCUCAUGUGGAGCGACAGUACGCCCGUCAGCUGACCGAAUGGAGCAACAAGUGGAAAGCUAUCACUGAGACUCGGCCGCUGUACGGGUCUCUCUUGCGGGCCUGGCAGUGCUUUUUCUCGUCCACCGAGCGUCUGUCUGCCCUUCACACGUCAGUCUCCCAGUCUCUGGUUUCUGAAGACGCAGAACGCAUUCGCUCGUGGCAGAAGGAGACGUUCCCGCGGAAAAUGUUCUGCGGAUUCAGAGAGUCACAUGAUCUUGCGACGGCUUUCUCUCGCGCUCAGAAGCCCUGGGAGAAACGAUUAAAGAAGCUGGAAAAGGCUCGUGCGGCGCAUCAUAAGUCAUGUCAGAAAGAGCAGAGCGCUCAGGAAAAAGAGAAUCAAGCCAAACACAACGCUAAGCUGAGCGAGAGCAAACUGUCCAAGAUCCAGCAGGCCAGAGAGAAAGCCACACAGGAGCGCAGCAAGGCACGUGAUCGUUAUGAGAAGGUUCUAGAGGACGCCACUGGCUUCGCACCGCGAUACAUGGAGGAAAUGGAGUCUGUGUUCGACCAAUCACAGGAGGAGGAGAGGAAGAGGAUCAGCUUCCUGAAGCAGGCCUUCCUGUCCAUUCACAGACACCUCGACAUUACCAACAAUGAGAGUAUUAAAGCAGUGUACAGUGAACUGCAUCACACACUCAUGUCCAUCAGUGAGCCCGAUGAUCUCCGCUGGUGGAAGAACAACCAUGGGCCGGGCAUGCCGACAGACUGGCCCGAACUAGAGGAAUGGAACCCGCCAAUUAAAAAGCAGAAACCAGGAAAGAAACCAAAAAUACACAGAGGAACUGAGGAGAAAGCGGUCAUGAUCGGAGGAGUGCGUGUUCGAGCGCUGUACAACUACACUGGAGAGGAGCCUGAUGAACUCUCGUUCAAAGCAGGUGAAGAGUUCCUCAAGGUGGAGGAAGAGGACGAUCAGGGCUGGUGCUGGGGCGUGAAGGAGGGCGGAGUCCAGGGAUUGUAUCCAGCCAAUUACGUGCUGCCUGUCAAAUGAUGUCAUCAAUCAUAGCUGAGGCACAACAAUGUCUAUUCACAGUUAUGGAAAACAUACAGUGGCCAUCAAAAAUGAAAUAAAUGUGAAUGUCAUCGCAUUAGAAAUUGCUAAGAGCUAACUUGUUCACUUUUCUUUGACUUUUUCAACAAUAUCUAUAGUUUUAUCAUUUAAAAACAGCUUUUUUUUUUGCUUGAAACGCGUGUUCGUGUUUAAUUUCUGUGAGUUUCAUUUAAGUGUGAGUUUCAUUUUCAUCUAAUGCAAUGACAUUCAGCUGUUUUAAGUGUCCAAAUACUUUCGGUCCACCAUAUCUUUAGUAAAAACAGCUACAACCAGUGUUUCUACAGACCAAAAUAUGAAAAUAAAACAUUAAUGCUCUUUCA